GAAAAAGAAGAAGAGAGAAAAAACAGUGAAGAAAAAUAAAACUCAAAUUCAUAUUCUUUAUCGUUUUUUCCGAGCCGAGAACGUCUUCUCCAUUUCACAUGGCUAACGCAGCAUCAGUAAUGGUUGUGCAUGAUGAUUGCAUACUCAAAUUCUUGGAACUGAAGGAGAGUCGAACAUUCCGUUCCAUAGUCUACAAGAUAGAGGACAACAUGCAAGUGAUUAUAGAGAAACUUGGUGAACGUGAACAAUCAUAUGAGGACUUUGUAAACAGUCUUCCAGCUGAUGAAUGUCGAUAUGCCAUUUUUGAUUUCGAAUUUAUCCCAUGGGAGAGAAAGAUUUGCUUCAUCGCGUGGUCUCCGGAAACUGCCAGAAUGAGAAAGAAGAUGAUUUACGCGAGCUCUAAGGAUAGGUUCAAGAGAGAACUAGAUGGAAUUCAAGUGGAGUUUCAUGCAACUAAGAAAUAA